AUGGGAUCCUUUUUCCAAUCCACCAUCGACGGCAUCAUUGCCUCCCACACGGCACAAGCCCCGGGGGCAACUGCCAUUGAGGACGGGGACCGCAAGCUGUCGUACCACGAGCUCGAGCAGAAUGUUGCCAACCUUGCCUCCCGGCUCACCCAGCAUGACCUCAGACACGAAGAGCCGAUCUGCAUCCUGGCCGACCUCUGCGCGGAGAUGGUCAUCGCUCAGCUGGCUGUCAUACGUCUUGGCUUGACAUGUGUCCCCCUGACAACAAAUAUCCCACGACUUCGCCUCAAGAGCACGCUACGGGAUGUCGGCGCACGAUAUGUUCUCUCAGACGCGGAGGGAAUCCGGGUCGAGAACGAUUUGACCCUCCUUCCAAUCACCCCGCAGCAAGAUACCCUUCAUGGCCCGGUUCCCGGGGGCACUGAAGACGGGGGUGCGGUUCCUCCUGUGGACCGCGCCCAUGGCCGGGGAUAUGCGUCUCUCGAGGAUCAAGACGCUGACUAUCGCACCCACAUCCUGUACACCUCCGGGUCCACCGGCAAGCCCAAGCCCGUGCAGGUCUUGGAGCGCAGCAUCCUCCAUUUGACAACGAUGAGUCCAAUCGGAAUCCUAGAUGCGACAGACAAGGUCGCCGUGAUCAACAAUCCGGGCUUCGACAUCUCCCUCUUUGAGAUCUUCUCCGGUCUCAUCGCAGGGGCAACCCUGGUGAUUGUGCCUCGCCUGAUCGUCACUGACCCGUUCGGCUUUCGGGAGUUCAUCGCCCAGAGGCAACUGUCGGUGAUUUAUUUGACCUGCACCUUGUUCGGAAUCAUCGCCCACGCCUGUCCGGCCACAUUCCACAAUGUCAAGCACCUCUUGAUCGGCGGCAGUAUCGCCAAUAUAGCCGCAGUCCGGGGUGUCAUGGAGUCAUCCUUGCCCCCAAAGUUUCUGUGGAACUGCUAUGGACCCACAGAGAUCACCACCCACGCGUUGAUGCACCAGAUCACCCCCCCAGAGUUCAAAUACGACAACAUCAGUCUCGGAAAGCCCUUUGGGGAUGGACGGGUUCGUCUGGUGGAUGAGCAUCUGGGCGUCAUCACCCAGCCCGGCGUGGUCGGGGAAGUUCUCCUCACGGGGCCGGGGUUGUCGCGGGGAUACGUCGGUCUGCCCCAGGAGAACGAAUACCGAUUCAUCGCCCUCAAAGACGGAUCGCGUUACUAUCGGUCGGGCGACCGGGCACGAUGGCGCGAGGGGGAGCCCCAGGUGCUCGAGAUUGUCGGCCGAACGGACUUUCAGGUCAAGCAGGCCGGCUUUCGCGUGGAGCUGGAGGAGAUCCAGCAUACGCUGCUUUCCAGCGGCCAGCUCGCCGGGGCGGUCGUCGUUCAGGUCUCGAACAGCAGUGCGACUGCCGGCGCGUUCCUCGUCGCAUUCGUCAUUCCUGCCAUCGCCGACACGCUCCGCGUCGGCGACUUGAACGCAUAUCUGAGCGAGAGACUGCCCGCGUGCAUGAUCCCGAGCGAGGUGGUAUUCGUCCAAGCAUUCCCCUUGACGGACCACGAAAAGGUCGACCGCCGAGCUCUGAUCCAGAGCUAUCUGGACAAGCAAGGGGCCGAUCAGACAGAUUGGAAAGAGAGCCGGGAUUUCAGCGCAGUUGUCCGGGCUCUCUGGUCAUCCUUGCUGAACAAGCCUUCCUUCAGCGACACCGACGACUUCUUCCAGCUGGGCGGGACCUCGCUGCAGGCGGCGGCCCUGAUCAGCAAGCUGCGAGAGCACACCGGCAGAACCGUCUCCAUGCGGGGGCUCGUGGAGAACGCACGCCUGGACCAGCUGGUGGCGUACCUGGGCGCGUUCGUCGACGGGGGCAACGCCCCGGAUGAAGCCGAGCAGUGGACCGCUGAUGCCCGACUCGCCGAUGAGCUGAAGAUUGACCCGAGCUGGUCCGCCGCGGACCUCAAUUCCGUCCUCGAUUGGACGGCGCCAGAAGAAGGCCGGCUCUUUGUGACAGGGGGGACCGGGUUCGUGGGCACUCACUUCAUCGCUCGUUUCCUCACCAUGCCCGCCGUGAAGGAAAUCGUAUGCCUGGCGCGCGCGAAGAAUGGCCAAACCCCUCGGCAACGCAUCGAGCACACCCUGGAGCGGUACGAAUUCCUGGACAACGUCGCGCAACACCUGGAUAAGCUGACGGUGCUCGAGGGCGACAUCACCCAGCCGAAUCUGGGGUUGUCUGCCCCGGACUACACCUGGCUGGCCGAUCGAACCAGCGCGAUCUUCCAUGUCGCCGCCAAAGUGAACUACUGCGAGCCCUACUCGGCGCACUUCGCAACCAACGUCCUGGGAACGAAGAACGUCCUGGAGCUGGCGACGCGAGGCCGCCGCAUGCCCUUCCACUACAUGUCGACCCUCGACGUCUGGGGCCCGGUUGGGCUCAUCUUCGGCACGCGCGAGCUCUUCGAAGACGAAUCGCUGCACCCGCACAUCCGCUCGCUGCCCUUCGACAUCGGCUACGCACCGAGUCAAUGGGUGGCCGAGGAGAUCGUGCGACGGGCUCGGGCCCGCGGCCUCCCCGUCGCGAUCUACCGGCCCGGAUUCGUCAUGGGCGACACGCAGCACGGGGCGGCGAACCCGGACGACUUUGUCUCGCGCCUCUUCAUGGGCUCGAUCCGUCUCGGCGCCUUCCCUCACCUCCCUAACCAGCGCAUGGAGUUCGUCACCGCCGACUACGUCUGCGACACCACCCUGCACAUUGCGGCCAAGAAGCGCAACCUCGGCCGCUCCUACUGCAUCGUCCCGCCCUCCCCGGAGAUCUCCGUCGACAUGGAGGAGGCGUAUCACGUCCUGCGCGACGCGGGUUACCCCCUGCGUCUGCUCCCGUACUGGGACUGGGUGCGCGCCCUGCAGGAGAUGGACGACCCCACCAAUCCGCUGAACCCCCUGCUGCCGAUGCUCCAGGAGCCGGUGAUCAGUGGGCUGUCGCGUUUCCAGACGAGUCGGCAGACGCCACGGUAUGAUUGCUCGAAUACGCUGGCGGCGAUCAAGGAUGCCCCGCAGAUCCAAUAUGUGCCGUUGAAUGCAGAGCUCGUGAGGAAGUCGCUGGAGUUCUGUCGGCGGAAGGGGGCGUUUUGA